AUGAUAGAACACUACUCAUUUGCGCACAUACUCGGGCCAGCUCUUUUCCUCGUAGGUUUGUUAAGCUUCUGGGCCCACAAACAUUUUCAACCUACACUACCACUGCCACCUGGGCCACCAUCUGAAUUCCUUCUCGGCCAUACCCGUGUUAUACCCAAGGAGAAUGCUGCCAAGGUUUACUCAAGAUGGUCAAAAGAGUACAACUCGGACAUUAUCCAUGUCAGGUCUUUAGGCCGGUCUACAAUUGUUCUCCAUAGCGCAGAGGUUGCCAAGGACAUCCUCGAGAAGAAAGGCGCCAAUUUCUGUGACCGGCCUAGGUUCACUUUAUUAGAAGUGAAUGAGGCCCACCGUACGGUAAAAGCCAUCAUGGCAAGACCUGGCACGUGGCAAACGUCUUUGCGCCGAUUCGCAGUAGCCAUUGUUUUGCAAGUGAGCUAUGGCACGGAAGUACCGAGCGACGAUGACCCCUAUAUCCGAAUUGCUAACGAUGCCAUGCAUGCUACCGGUAAUGGUGGAGUUCCUGCAAAUAGUGUUGUUGAUCUAGUUCCUUUUGUUCGCUAUCUCCCAGAUUGGCUUGUCAAUGACUGGUCUUUACAAUUUGCUCGACAAUGGAGAUGGGCUAUCACGAAACUACACGACGUACCCUUCACUGCUGCACAAGCCAAGCGUGGCAAGAACCAAGAGUGGUCGCUGGAUGAUAUCAAAGGGGCUGCAGGUGCAGUUUUCAUUGCAGGCGCUGACACUACAUGGGCAACUUGCGUUAUCUUCGUUCUGAACAUGGUUCUUCACCCCGAGAUACAAAAAAAGGCACAAGAUGAGCUUGAUGCGGUAAUAGGACCCGGGAAGUUACCUGAGUUCUCAGACCGACCCUCUUUACCAUACAUCGAGCAUAUUGUACAGGAGAUUUACAGAUGGUCACCAUUAGCUCCUCUUGGGAUCCCCCACAAAUCGCUUCACGAUGAUGUCUACCAGGGCAUGCUUAUUCCUAAAGGUACAGGUGCGAUCACUUUCUUUGAUAUUAUCGACAUUAUGACGACGAAAACUGUUGUUUAUGCAAAUUCUUAUGCUAUAGCACAUGAUGAGCGAGUCUACAAAGCUCCUCAUGACUUCAAUCCUGACAGAUACAGCGCGGGGGAGCCAUAUCCCGUUGGCAAUUUCGGGUUUGGGCGUCGGAUUUGCGUCGGUCGGUUUCUAGCGGAUAACAGUGUCUGGAUCAUGGUAGCAACAAUGCUGUCCACACUGAAUUUCUGCAAGAAGGUGGCCCAGGACGGAAGACCAAUUGAGCCUCGAGUCCGAUUCACCAAUGGUGGAACCUGGCCGGCUGAUGAGGUUACUGACGAUCCUUCACACCAGUCACCCAGAACACUUCGAUUGUGA